UUUCAUUCUUUUUCCCUCUCCAAACUCUCUCUCUCUCUCUCUGCGUAUGGUAGGCGCACCGCGUUCAUGUCUUUUCUCAGAGAUUCCGGACGCGUACGACCAAUCCAGUACUGCUUUGAAAAUUCGAUAAAAAAAAAACGUACUGCCCUGCUUUCUCAACAGGUCCUCCCACUCCUCAUUGCUCACUAAUUUGCUGGAAUCGACAAAUUAAAUAUUAAUAAUCGAAGAAGAAAUGAGGGGAUUUGCGAGGCAUGAACGUCGAUGGGCGUCGGACACCGUCCCCGACGGCGAGACCAAUGUAAGCGGCGGUUCCUCGCCGGGAACUGAUUCCGGCAUCUCUGCCGCAACGGCGGAGGAGUUCGUCGAGGUCACUCUCGAUCUGCAAGACGAUGACACUAUCAUUCUACGUAGUGUUGAACCUGCAACUUUAAUCAACGUCGACCAAGAGGUAUCUGUAGGAGGUACUGAAACUCCGGCGUCAGCAUCUCGCUCUCCAACGAUUCGGCGGAGCUCAUCGAAUCGGCUUCUACAGUUUUCUCAAGAAUUAAAAGCCGAAGCAGUGGCAAAAGCGAAGCAAUUUUCACAAGAGCUUAAAGCGGAGCUACGGAGAUUUCCGUGGAGUCAUGGACAUGCAUCACGUGCGCUUUCUUCGUCUUCGGCGUUGCAAAACGUCGUCGUCGUUGGAGGAAGUAGUGGUUUGGACUCUGCUCUGGCUGCUCGAGCAAUGCGUCGGCAACGAGCUCAGCUGGAUCGAACUCGUUCCGGUGCUCGGAAAGCUCUUCAAGGACUCAAAUUCAUCAGCAAUAGUAAAACUAGCAGUGUCGAUGCGUGGAACGAAGUUCAGGACAAUUUCAACAAACUUUCUAAGAACAAUUGUCUCUAUCGCGCCGAUUUCGCACAAUGCAUAGGAAUGAGAGAUUCCAAGGAAUUUGCGUUGGAAUUGUUUGACGCUCUGAGUAGAAGACGAAGAUUGCAGGUCGACAAGAUCAGCAGAGAUGAGCUGUAUGAAUACUGGUCCCAGAUCACCGAUCAGAGCUUUGAUUCUCGACUCCAGAUCUUCUUCGAUAUGGUGGAUAAGAAUGAAGACGGCCGAAUCACAGAAGAGGAGGUUAAAGAGAUUAUAAUGUUAAGUGCUUCUGCAAAUAAGUUAUCAAGAUUAAAGGAACAAGCGGAGGAAUAUGCAGCUUUGAUCAUGGAAGAGUUGGAUCCCGAAAGGCUUGGCUACAUUGAGUUAUGGCAGCUGGAAACACUACUGCUACAGAAGGACACGUAUGUUAACUACAGUCAAGCUCUAAGCUACACAAGCCAGGCUCUAAGCCAAAACCUAGCUGGCUUAAGAAAGAGAAGCCCAAUACGAAGAAUGAGCACAAAAUUGCUUUACUAUUUGGAAGAAAACUGGAAGAGACUUUGGGUUGUAAGCUUAUGGAUUUUGAUAAUGGCUGGGCUGUUUACUUGGAAAUUUUAUCAGUACAAACAGAAAAAUGCUUUCCAGGUCAUGGGUUACUGUCUCCCCACGGCUAAAGGUGCAGCUGAAACUCUGAAAUUCAACAUGGCUCUCAUAUUAUUGCCAGUGUGCAGGAACACCAUUACUUGGCUGAGGUCCACCAAGUUUGGUUGUUUUGUACCCUUUGACGACAAUAUCAACUUUCACAAGACAAUUGCUGCUGCCAUUGUUAUAGGCAUCAUACUCCACGCUGGGAAUCACCUUGCCUGCGAUUUCCCAAGGCUUAUAAAUGCAUCUGCAUCAGACUAUGAUCAGGACCUGAAAAAUGAUUUUGGUCACCAUAAACCCACGUACUUAGACCUUGUUCGAGGAAUUGAGGGCGUGACUGGAAUUCUAAUGGUGAUCUUCAUGGCUGUUGCUUUCACACUCGCAACGCGUUGGUUCAGGCGGAGCCUUAUUAAACUUCCCAAGCCUUUUGAUAGACUCACUGGCUUCAAUGCUUUUUGGUAUUCACACCACCUUUUUGUCAUUGUCUAUGCUUUGCUCAUCAUCCAUAGCCUCUUCCUCUAUUUUGUGCACAGAUGGUACCUUAAGACGACAUGGAUGUUUCUUGCUGUUCCAGUGCUCCUAUAUGCAGGGGAAAGGACCCUUAGGUUCUUCAGGUCUGGCUUGUACACUGUUCGGCUUCUGAAGGUUGCUAUUUAUCCAGGAAAUGUUCUAACGCUACAAAUGUCCAAGCCUUCCCAGUUUCGGUACAAGAGUGGACAGUACAUGUUCGUCCAGUGCCCAUCUGUUUCUCCAUUUGAGUGGCAUCCAUUUUCCAUUACCUCAGCUCCUGAAGAUGACUACCUUAGCAUUCACAUCCGGCAGCUAGGUGACUGGACACAGGAACUUAAGAGGGUAUUCUCAGAGGCAUGUGAGACUCCUGUUGCUGGGAAGAGUGGGCUGCUCAGGGCUGAUGAAACAACCAAGAAAAGUUUGCCAAAGCUCUUAAUAGAUGGACCUUAUGGUGCUCCAGCACAAGAUUAUCGGAAAUAUGAUGUACUGCUACUUGUUGGUCUUGGAAUAGGAGCAACACCUUUUAUCAGUAUUCUGAAAGAUUUGCUCAACAACAUUGUCAAAAUGGAGGAACAGGCAGAUGCAAUUUCAGAUAUGAGCAGGCACUCAGAUCAUAGUGUUGGGACUACUGAUUCUCCCUCUCUGAGUAAGGCAUCUCCAAAACGGAGAAAAACUCUGAAGACCACCAAUGCUUACUUCUACUGGGUGACGAGGGAGCAAGGCUCCUUUGAUUGGUUCAAAGGGGUCAUGAACGAAGUUGCCGAACUUGAUCAAAGGGGUGUAAUAGAAAUGCACAACUACUUGACCAGUGUUUAUGAGGAAGGGGAUGCCCGAUCCGCUCUUAUCACCAUGGUCCAAGCACUCAAUCAUGCUAAGAACGGGGUUGAUAUUGUAUCUGGCACAAGGGUGCGAACCCAUUUUGCAAGGCCAAACUGGAAGAAGGUUUUCUCGAAAACGUGUACGAAGCAUGCUAAUGCAAGAAUAGGAGUUUUCUAUUGUGGGGCACCAGUCUUGGCUAAAGAACUCGGCAAGCUUUGCUAUGAGUUUAAUCAAAAAGGUUCUACCAAAUUUGAAUUCCAUAAGGAGCAUUUUUAGAGGAUUGUGGGGGGUUCAUCUCUAACACCACCAUUAUUCACAAUAUCAAAACCACUUGGAGAAGAAAUAGGAAAUCAUGGAAAAGAAAAUAAAAAAGGCAGAGGUAGAAGCAUUGUACAGUUUUGACUAGGAAAGGGAAAAGUGUAUAGAAAAGUAAGCAUAUAUAUAUAUAUAUAUAUAUAU